AUGCCUGUCUUUGAAUCACUCCUUCCAGAUGACAACUCAAUUAUUCUCGAUCUCCUCUUCGAGCUCUCCACUUGGCAUGCUUUUGGAAAACUGCAGAUGCAUACCAAGACUACACUGCAUCACUUUGAUAACUGCACAACAUGUCUCGGCAGAGCUUUGUGCAAGUUCUGCAGUGUAACAUGCAGUAAGUUCAACACACUGUUAAGAAUCAUGUUGCUCAAGGGAGAGAGAGACUGA